AUGGAAGAAUGCAUUAUUACUUAUGAGCGUGAUUGGAUUCAAGGACAUCUUGCAGAAAUAUUUUCUACUGCAUCCAAAUACGAAAAUUUUACUAGACUUUGGAAGCACUUUUACAAAGAAUUAGUACAAAAACCAAAUGCACUUUUCACUUCCCCAUAUUUCCUUUCAUUAAAACGGUCAACCUUACUUACAUUCAUUAAACGCAAUGAUUUGAAUAUUGAUGAAAGUGAAAUUUGGAAAAAUUUGAUAGAUUGGGCAUGUGAGCAGACGCCAAUGCUCCGUCACGAUGUAGGACGAUUUACACAAAAUGACUUUAAGGAAUUAGAAAGUCGAUUAAAAGAUUUUAUUCCAUUUAUUAGAUUUUUCUGUAUCACAAAAGAUCAGUACACUUUAGGAGUUUUGCCUUACGAAAAUAUUCUUCCUGAUACUUUGAGAAAUGAAUUAAGGAAAUUCUUUGAAUCGAAUGGGGAAAAAUCUCCACCUAAAGAUUUUCUUCCAUCAAGAAUUCCAAUUAAUCACUCGGUGCCAGAUUCGGUUCUAAUUAAUAAUAGACAACUGGAACUUUUGGCAACCGAAUCGGGUAUGGUAAGCUUUCAGUUUUUAAUGGGAGUAGUUCGUUAUUAG